AUGUAAUGUAAAAAAAACAGUUGAAAUUUUCCAAUUUCGUAAUAAGAAGGGACAAAAACGCGUUCCCUCCUUUUAAGUGAUCUCACUCUUUGAGUUACCGAACCUACUGCGACUUUGGUGAUAGGUUGUUCAUUCUUCAUUCGAAAAAAAUAGAUAAUUUGGACAGAAUGACUUGGCUAUUUUCUCUAUUAGCCGUAUCUGUGCUGCUGGCAACAUCGAUGGCUGCUGAUUGGCAAGCUAAUCCCACUGAAUGUGGGAAGACUUACGGAGGAAUGAAUACCAUGAUCAUUGGGGGUGAACCGGCUGAGGAAUACGCGUGGCCAUGGCAACUAGCUUUGUUCAAGAAUGGUAAUUUCGUCUAUUGUGGUGCUUCCCUUAUUGACCCAUGGUGGGUCAUGACAGCGGCACAUUGCGUUGAUAGGUGCUACCUCUGUAACCCAUCGGAGGCCUACGAAUUCAGAGCAGGAUCAACCAGCAUUACUCAAGAUACCGACUUCACGCAGCAACUUCCGGUCUCGAAAAUCAUCGUCCAUCCCGAAUUCGACUUCGAGGCCUACUGGAAUGAGUAUUACUGUGACAACGAUAUUGCUCUUUUUAAAAUGAAAGAACCAUUCACGCUCAACGAAGAUUACCAAGUCAAUACAGUUUGUCUACCAACCAGUGAUAUGGAUGAUCAGUUUGUUGUUGGACAGGAUGCAUUCGUUACUGGAUGGGGCACCAUGAAACGAAAUGAAGGUUUAUAUCCUGACGAGUUACAAGAGAUGACCGUUCCCAUCUUCAAUCAAUCUGAGUGUGAAGUUCUCCUCGAUGCCCGUGGUGGAAUAGUCACUGACAAUAUGAUAUGCGCAGGACUGAAAGAGGGCGGUGUCGAUGCGUCCAACGGCGACAGUGGAGGUCCAAUGGUGUCGUAUCCUUUAAAUAAUACCGAACAAUAUUAUCAGAUAGGUGUUGUGAGUUGGGGCAUUGGGGGUGGCACUCCAAGUCCACCUGGAGUCUACACCAGGGUUACACGUUAUGCUGACUGGAUUCAAUCGUUCUUAAACGCCACAACUCAAGAAUCAUAUAUACCAUGCAUUUGUUACGAAGAAGAUGAAGGAGAUGGAGAGGAAUUGUCGUCUUCAAUCACAGCGGUCAUUUCAGUAUUAUCAAUCCUGCUCGCUAUUUUCGUAGGCACUAGUGUUGGUCUAGGACUAUGUCUAUGGCGACAAGGCAAAAAGGCCUAAAUGCAUACUGAGCACAGCAUUUGCUUUCAAUAACACAUUGAAACUUUUUUAAACAUAGCCUGCUUGUUUUUCCUAUAAACCAAAGGGUUAUCCUUGUCUGCCUCAUAGUUUCGAGAAAUAAUGUUGUAAUAAUGUAGAUAGAGAUAUAAAGAUAAUGUUAUAAUUUCAUUAACAAUUCUAAGAACGAAUUUAUGAAAUCGAAACAGGCCAACAUAUUUUGUGGACUAACUAGGGUAUAAAUGGAAAUUUUGCUAUUACUAUGUGUAUUUACAAUGAACCUUGAAGAUUAUAUAUUUCACAGUGAGAAGGGAAAGAUGAUGGUUGAAAUAAUGCACCCCUGGAAAGUGGGGUGCACGGGGUGCUGAAGCGCCCCAGCUGCGUAUUCUAUAUAGGGAGCACCCCUUGCAAAUCAGGUUUGUAUUCUCAAAUGUAGAAUUUAAUCCAAAAUCACCUUCAUUUUGGAGCGAAAACUUGUUUUUGUGCUAUUCAUUUUUUACCUGACUGAAUCACCUUCAUAUUUGAAUAAAAACCCUUUUUUGACUUGUCAUUUUUCCCCAAUACAGCACCCAUCUGCGUUCCCAGGCUUUCUAUCUUUAUUCAAGAUAUUUUUGUUUUGAUUAAAAAUGAAAUCAAAUGCUUGUAUCGUAAAGAC